UGAGUCUUGUUCAUUACAAUUUACACAUUAAUCUCUCAAGUGAAGUGACACCACAAUCCUCUCAUCUCUCACAACCAUGCCUUCCACUCUCUUCCUCAUUCUUCUCCUUCUCCCUCUCUCCUCCCUCUCCCACCUCUUCUCUCCCCCCGACAACUACCUCAUCAACUGCGGCUCCUCCGCCCCCUCCACCCUCGUCGACCACCGCCCCUUCUCCGGCGACCUCUCCGGCCACCACCGCUUCCCCUUCUCCCCCUCCCCCCACGCCGUUUCGCUCCAAAAUAACAACCCCCUCCCCAAUCUCCCCCCAAUCUACCACACCGCUAGGGUUUUCACAAGCCCCGCAAGGUACACCUUCCCCAUCUCCGACAAAGGCACCCACAUCGUUCGCCUCCACUUCCACCCCUUCACCACCCCAAUUCUCGAUCUGGGUCGCGCCCAAUUUCACGUCUUGGUCAACGCCCACGUCGUUCUCAGCAACUUCACUCGCUUACUCAGCGACCCCACAACAAACCCUAGAAUCGUCGAGUAUCUCAUCUGGGUCGACGCCGAGAGCCUCGCCGUCGUGUUUGUUCCUAACAAAGACUCCAAAUUGGCGUUCGUCAACGCCAUUGAGGUUAUUUCCGCGCCCAAGGACCUUGUCCCUGACACAGCACAGUAUUUGAGUUCGUCGAAAUUAGAGAAAUUUGAGGGUUUGAACCAACAGGCUCUUGAAGUUGUUCACAGGGUCACUGUUGGGGGUGUUAAAGUUACCCCCUUUAAUGAUUCCCUGUGGAGAACUUGGAUUCCUGAUGAUGGGUUUUUCAGACCAAGUGUUGGGUCGGAAAAGCUUUACUUUGGUGGUAGGAUCAAGUACCGUGUUGGAGGGGCUAGUCGUGAGGUUGGACCUGAUAAUGUUUACAAUAGUGCUAGGUUGAUUAGGAGUAAGAAUGAUUCUGUUCCUAAUGUUAAUAUGACUUGGGUGUUUCCUGUUGUUGGAGGGUACAAAUACUUGGUUCGGUUGCAUUUCUGUGAUAUUGCUAGCAUUUCGCUUGGUUUGCUUUACUUCAAUGUGUAUGUCAAUGGGAAUUUGGCUUAUGAAGAUUUGGAUCUCUCUUACGUUUUGAAUUCGCUGGCUUCGCCGUUUUACGCGGACUUUGUGGUUGAUGGAGGAGAUGAUGGGGCCUUGAGUGUUGGUGUAGGUCCUUCGAAGAGGAGCAUGCCGCAUGUCAUCGAUGGGAUAUUGAACGCGGUUGAGGUUAUGAAGUUGAACAAUUCGCGCAGUAGCCUUGAUGGAGAGGUUUGUGCUGAUUUUGUUAUGAAGAGCUGGUCGACGGGGAAUAAUACAGGUUUGCUGUUUACUUUGGUGGCUGCUGUUUGCAUUGUGUUGAGCUUGUCCAUAGUGAUUCGUAGGAGGUUGACUGGAUCGAGGGAAUCUGUGUCUUGGUCAAGGUUGCCUGUGAAUUUGUCGGAUGAUAGUGUUAAGAAUUAAGAUUGGUGAUAUGUACUUAUAUAGUUAUAUCAAAAGAUUGGCCAUAUUUAGUCAGCAAUUUAAUAAGUUGUGUGUAAAAUAUCAGCAAAUCUAGCCAUUUGAGGUGGCUUUCAUGAGAAAAAGAGAAACAUGAAGGAGCAUGCUGCCGAUCAAGCUAGAAAAGGAAGACAUUCUGAAAGCCCGGCUAAUACCAAUGUUUUAGGGAUUGUUGUAUUAUAUCUAAGUUGCCUUACUUGUUUAUAUCAUAAUAUUAAGGCAUCCCUUUUGCCUCUAGACUUUGUUUUCUUACCAUUGUUAAUUUUGCUCUGUUUUGUAAUGUUGUAGCUUUCCUCAUUGUUAUUGCUUGAACUUUUGAAAAUACGUAUGUAACUUUCAUAUUGAGUGGUUGUAUGAAUAUAUAUACUGAUGCCCCAAAUUAUCUGUAAUGGUUUAUGCCUGGACCGAGUUUUGUUUAAAUUAAUCAUGGAGCAAUUUUCAAA